GAGGUGGCGGAGCGUCCCGGUCCCAGCGGUGGGGGCACCGGCGCCGCGGCGGAGAGGGGACUCGCGAGGAAACGGGCCGCGGCCGGGCCCAGCGCCGUCCCCGGCGGCUGGCAGAAGGUGACCAGGCGGAGGCAGUCGGGCAGGACGGCAGGGAGGAUCGACGUGUACUUUGUCAGCCCUGAAGGAAAUAAGCUAAGAUCGAAACGUGCGCUCAUGGAGUAUUUUCGGAAAACUGGGGAGAUGACGCUAAAAGCAGAAGAUUUUGAUUUUACAGCUCCUUAUCAGAGGAAUACCCGUUCGAGGGUGAAAAGAUACAGCACAAAAGCUGCGGGGACUGUUUUAGAGAAUGAGGAUUGUCAGAGUCAAGUGCAAGGCCUCAGUAUACAAAAUGGUGCAGAGGAUAGAACUCGAAACAUUCAGACUGAAUGUGAACAGCUGGAAGAUGUUACAACCACUCUGGAAAGCAAAGAUUUGCUCAUGAAAGGCAUAGACCCAGAGGACUGUUUAAAAACCAAAAAAAAGGGGGUAGGUGGAAAAAGCGUUCAGGGUAACAAAACUGGAAGGACCUCAGAAAAGAGGAAUCGAGAUAAUACCCAAAACAAAAGACAGAGAAGAGUAUGUAACAAACAGGAAACUGAGUGCGUUCAAAAUAAGAAAAUCUGUAGAAAGACAGCCCUGUGUGUUGCUGAUAGUCAGGGCAUAGAUGGUCAGAAUGCAGACCCUAUGGAUGCAGGAAAAGCUCUGUUAAGAAUGUCCAGGUCACGGUCAGUCACACAGCUAAGGUCAGUGACAGCUCGCUCGCAAAGGGAGUUGGAGAGCCUGGCAGAGGAGGAAUGUGUGGAGACGGGAUCUAAUGUCACAUCUUCUGCAAAAUCUGAGGAGAAAACCAACGGAUUGAAAACAGGGGAAGAGACAGACCGAGGGAGUCCAGAAGAAUCUAUCCCACGAACGCAAGUGGAUAGGAGGAAAACGAGUCCGUAUUUUUCCAGUAAAUACAGUAAAGAAGCUCCCAGCCCACCUAGAAGGAAGGCCUUCAGAAAAUGGACUCCUCCACGUUCUCCUUUUAAUCUGGUCCAAGAAACGCUUUUCCAUGAUCCGUGGAAACUUCUUAUUGGAACCAUAUUUCUCAAUAAAACUUCAGGUAAAAUGGCAAUUCCUGUGCUCUGGGAGUUCCUGAAGAAGUAUCCUUCUCCUGAAAUAACCAGGACUGCAGACUGGAAAGAAAUGUCGGAGCUGCUCAAACCUCUUGGCCUCUAUGAACUCAGAGCAAAAACUAUCAUCAAGUUCUCAGAUGAGUACCUGAGCAAGCGCUGGAAGUACCCCAUCGAGCUGCACGGCAUUGGGAAGUAUGGGAACGACUCCUACAGAAUCUUCUGUGUCAACGAAUGGAAGGAGGUACAGCCGCAGGACCACAAGUUGAACGUGUACCACGCAUGGCUCUGGGAGAACCGGGAGCGGCUGAGCAUAGACUGAGGAAGGCCGGCCACCCUCCUC